GUACAGCCUCCUGUCCUUUUGCAAAAAUACUCCCGCUCGCCGCCGUGGCCUAGACUCGCUUACUCGAAGCUGAACAAACCACUCGUCUAUCGGAAGCCCUGUGGCGGUGCUUAUCAGCCCGGUAUCAAAAGACUAACUUCAGCUCUUUGCCGACAGGUUUUUUUGCCUCCCCCUUUGUGCGCUGAGAACAGUUUAUUGCGUUGAAGUCGUCCUUUUUUUCUGUUGGCAUAUCAUAGAAGCGGAACAGAACACGAACCGCGAAGCAGUUAAAAAAAUUCUUACCCACCCCCUCCCCCCCACGACGACCACCUUUUCUCAUUUCCAAGACGCGCAAUGGCCGACAAGAAAGAGCGACCAUUAUGGCUGCGCCGUACGCUGGCGGUUGUCGACUACCUGAUCAGUCAAUGGUUCAUCAUCGGCAUGGGCGUCGUUGUCGCGCUGGCGUACAAGUUCCCGAGCGUGGCGAAGAACCAUGGACAUAUUCGCGCGGAUAUCACGAUUGAGUAUGUCGCGGUCGCAAUCAUCUUUGUUAUUUCGGGAAUGAAUAUCCCGAGAGCAAAGCUCAUUCAGGAGGCGGGUCAUUGGCAGGCGCAUUUGGUUACCCAGGUCACUUCGUUCCUAAUUACCCCGGCCAUCGCCUUUGGUUUUGCGUCUGCCAUUCGCAGAGCGCACAACCCCAACAUCAGCCCCUGGAUUCUAAUCGGCAUCAUCAUCACCGGCUGCACGCCUACGACGGUGUCCUCGAACGUCGUCAUGACCCGUACCGCAAAGGGAAACGAGUCUCUCUCGCUGAUUGAAGUCUCAAUCGGCAACGUGCUCGGCGCGUUCAUCAGUCCCGCGCUGGCGCAAAUGUUUAUGUCCAAGAACACUGGCUUCAGCUACGGUAACCCGACCGCGGACAUGAGCAUGACGGAGCUGUACCGCCACGUCAUGAAGCAACUCGGGCUGUCGCUCUUCGUGCCCUUGUUCGUCGGUCAGAUGAUUCAGUACUUCUUCCCGAGUCAGACAAAGUACCUGCUGGCCAAGUUCAAGCUCGCUAAAGUCGGUACCUUCUGUCUGUUGCUCCUCAUCUGGUCCUCGUUCAGUAACUCGUUCGCCACGGGCGCCUUCGAGGAGGUCUCGCACGCCUCCGUUAUCAUGGUCUGCUUCCUCAACGUUGGUCUCUACCUCUUCUACACCGUCAUCUGCUUGCUCCUCGCGCGCUGCCCGUUCCUGCCAAAGAAAUACCACUUCUCGCGACCAGACACCGUCGCCAUCUGCCUGUGCGGUGCGGCAAAGACCGUCGCGCUCGGCGUGCCGCUCAUCAACGCGCAGUACUCCGGCAGCCCCGAUAAGAUUGGUCUUGUCUCGAUCGCGCUCGUACUCUACCAGGGCGAGCAGAUCCUGGUCGCGCAGCUGCUCGUCCCGGUCCUGAAGAAAUGGGUCGAGACCGAGAUCAAGGCGAAGAAGGACCUCGAGGCCGCUGCGGCCGCCGCUGCGGUCACCGACGGCUCCGCCGGCCCGACAGACGACAAGACCGACUUGGACGACGGUGCGCUCAACGAGAAAGACGCGCUGGUCGCGUCGGCGGACUCGAAAAACGAAAGCUCGACCCCCUCGAGCACUAGCCGGUAUAGUUCCGAGAUCGAGUCUGGUGUUGUCGGCGCACCCGCCGCCGCUGGCAAGUCUGAGAAGGAGUAGCCGAUGCGCUGCUUUCUGUUUGUGAUUUUGUUUAAUUUGCUGUGUUGUGCAUUUGAAUCUUGUUAUUCUUCCUGUGGUUCUAGUACGUUUGGUACUUUUGCUCCCUCGUGAUUUGGUAUUUUAGACUGGUAUUUACCUGACAGAGUCCAUAGACCCGAUGAUUUUUUCUUUCUUUUUUCUCAUUUAAUCCUUAACAUCUACAGUAAUCUUGUCUAUUCUCACUUUUUUUACUGGUCUUAUUUCUACUCAGGUUCCUGUAAAUAGUUCAUUCUAUGUUAUUACACUGGUUUUUUUCUCUCCUGGAUCAAGUCUCUCCUCGUAGCACUUGAUUUGCGUCG